AUGGAGGAGGGGGUGGAAAGUUAUCUGGUCGCUUGUGGGGGCCGGGCUGAGUCCUUCCUGCCCGACGCAGGCUGGGACCAGCCAGUCGCCCUGCUCAGUGGACCUGGGAUGUCGAGAUCCUGCCUGGCUUUCCCGGCUGGGAAGCUUCUGUUUGUGGAGCGUGGAGUUGCGAUACCUUGGAAUGGAACAGUGGUGCUUGAAGGUCCUCCGAGCCAGCUCCUUGCUGGUUCUAUGUACGACGGCUUGUCUGACAAUUACAACUACGGGACCACCAAUAGGAGCACCUACUACUCCAAGUUCCAAGCAGGAAAUGGCUCCUGGGGAUAUCCGGUCUACAACGGGACCCUCAAGCGGGAGUCUGACAACAGGCGCUUCAGCUCCUACAGCCAGAUGGAGAGCUGGGGCCGGCAGUAUCCGCGGGGCGGCUGUGCCACCCCCGGCGUGGGCAGUGACAUCUGCUUCAUGCAGAAGAUCAAGGCGAGCCGCAGUGAGCCCGACCUCUACUGCGACCCGAGGGGCACCCUGCGCAAGGGCACGCUGGGCAGCAAGGGCCACAAGACCACCCAGAACCGUUACAGCUUCUACAGCACCUGCAGUGGCCAGAAGCCAGUGAAGAAGUGCCCCAUGCACCCCCCCUCCUGCACCUCCAAGCAAGACCCGGUGUGCGUGCCUCCCAUCUCCUGCAACAAGGACCUGUCCUUUGGCCACUCGAGGGCCAGCUCCAAGAUCUGCAGCGAGGACAUCGAGUACAGCGGGCUGACCAUCCCCAAGGCCGUGCAGUACCUGAGCUCCCAGGAUGAGAAGUACCAGGCCAUCGGGGCCUAUUACAUCCAGCACACCUGUUUCCAGGAUGAGUCUGCCAAGCAGCAGGUAACGGACUGGCUGCCACGGCCCUUCCUGGUCUACCUGGGCAGGACUGACGGGCUGCUCUGGAACCUGUCAUCCACGGAUGAGCUGAAGGAGGAGCUCAUCACCAACGCCCUGCCCGUCCUGGCCGACCGCGUCAUCAUCCCCUUCUCCGGCUGGUGUGACGGCAACCGUAACGUGACCAGAGAGGCAGUGGAUCCUGAGGUCUUCUUCAAUGCCACCGGCUGCUUGAGGAACCUGAGCUCCGCGGACCUGGGCCGGCAGACCAUGCGUAACUACACGGGCCUCAUUGACUCCCUGGUGGCCUAUGUCCAGAACUGCGUGGCGGCCAGCCGCUGUGAUGACAAGUCCGUGGAGAACUGCAUGUGCAUCCUGCACAACCUCUCCUACCGCCUGGACGCGGAGGUGCCCACCCGCUACCGCCAACUGGACUACAACACCCGCAAUGCCCACACGGAGAAGUCGUCCACCGGCUGCUUCAGCAGCAAGAGCGACAGGAUGAUGAACAACAACUAUGACUGCCCCCUUCCUGAGGAAGAGACCAACCCUAAGGGCAGCAGCUGGCUGUACCACUCGGACGCCAUCCGCACCUACCUGAAUCUCAUGGGCAAGAGCAAGAAAGAUGCCACCCUGGAGGCCUGUGCCGGCGCCUUGCAGAACCUGACGGCCAGCAAGGGGCUGAUGUCCAAUGGCAUGAGCCAAUUGAUUGGGUUGAAGGAGAAGGGCUUGCCGCAGAUUGCCCGCCUCCUGCAGUCCGGGAACUCCGACGUGGUGCGGUCUGGAGCCUCCCUCCUGAGCAACAUGUCCCGCCACCCGGUGCUGCACAGAGUGAUGGGGAACCAAGUGUUCCCAGAGGUGGCCAGGCUCCUCACCAGCAACACCAGCAACACCAACAACUCCGAGGACAUCCUGUCGUCGGCCUGCUACACCGUGAGGAACCUGAUGGCCUCCCAGCCACAGAUGGCCAAGCAGCACUUCUCCAGCAGCAUGCUCAACAACCUCAUCAACUUGUGCCGCAGCAGCUCCUCCCCCAAGGCUGCAGAAGCUGCCCGCCUCCUCCUGUCUGACAUGUGGUCCAUCAAGGAACUGCAGGCUGUCCUGAGACAGCAAGGCUACGAUAGGAACAUGCUGGGCAACUUGACCGGGGCCAACAGCCUGAGAAACUUCACCUCCCGAUUCUAAGAGACACUGUCCCAGCAAGUUCAGCGUGCAGCACCGCUGCGACCCAGCUGAGACGCCCGGGCCUCGCUGGCUGGAGUGCUCCGUCCACCCUGUGCAGUAUUUGGAGACAUUCAAAUGCCACUGAGGGAAACCUAGCACUGUGGACGAUGGGGAUAUUGUUAGAUUCUUUUAUGGGGUUUUUUGUU